AUGCAAUCUCAUUCCUUGAAAUUGCCUCCAACAUUGUCAUGUCAGGAAUACCCUCCUGGAGUAAACAUUAUACCUAUGGGAAGCAAAACAGCACAACCUUUUCGUACAACAAAUUUGAUUGUAUUUACAAAUGGGAAUAAUCCAGUUGAACAUGAAAGUAGUCCCUUUGUUGCUCAAGGAGAUGCAAUGAUUAUAGAUCCUGGAUGUCGAUCAGAGUUUAAUAAAGAGCUUGCAGAAAUUGUUACUGCUUUACCACGAAAGUUAAUUGUAUUUGUCACUCAUCAUCAUCGUGAUCAUGUUGAUGGGCUUUCAACUGUUCAGAAGACCAAUCCUGAUGCUUGUCUUUUGGCUCAUGAAAACACCAUAAGCCGCAUUAGAAAAGAUGAUUGGUCUGUUGGUUACACCACAGUUUCUGGAACAGAAGAGAUCUGCAUUGGUGGAGAGAGAUUCAAAAUCAUAUUUGCUCCAGGGCAUACAGAUGGACAUCUAGCAUUGUUGCAUGUUAGCACUAAUUCAUUGAUUGCAGGUGAUCAUUGUGUGGGACAAGGAAGUGCUUUCUUGGAUAUAAAUUCUGGUGGUAAUAUGAAUGAUUACUUCCAAACAACUUACAAAUUUAUGGAUCUCUCACCAAAUGCUUUGAUCUCCAUGCAUGGAAGGGUUAAUUUAUGGCCAAAACACAUGCUUUGUGGUUAUCUCAAGAAUCGUAGAAGUAGAGAAUCUACAAUCUUGAAAGCAAUAGAAUCAGGUUCAAAAACUUUGUUUGAUAUAGUUGCAUAUACAUAUGCUGACGUGGACAGAAAUCUUUGGGUGAUUGCUGCAUCUAAUGUGAGGCUUCAUGUUGAGCAUCUUGCUCAUCAAAACAAAUUGCCUAAGGAGUUCUCUUUAGAAAAUUACAGCCGCAGUUGUUCUCAAUUUAGUGUCCACGUGGGUAAAUUAUAAACGAAUGCAACAACAGCUGUCACUUGCCCCUUCUUACCUUAGGAGUUUUGUGUAGAGAAGUUUGAGUCAACGUGUAGAGUUCAUUUCUUUUCACGGUGGAUGUGGACAUAUGUACAAAACCGCAUUAAUUCUCCAACUUUGAUGCUGCUCGGUGCUGUAACAGCAUCUGGUAUUGCUUUAUUGUGUUCCGUGCGUAAUAAAUAAUAAUCUCUCAAUUCUAGAUGAAAGUUGUAGGAUUUACAAGUUAUAUGAUGUAUUAAAUUUAAACUUAUUUAAAUAGAUGUUGAGAAUGGUUUGGAAAAAUUAUAUUUUAGAUUACAAUGAUUGGGAUGUGCAAAUUUGAUCUCGAUAAUGUACAUACGUCACACUCAUGUAUUAUUAAAUGCUCGAGUGGAC